ACAAAAAUGUCCUAUGCAUGUGUUGACGCCAUGUGUUGAAGAUUCACUGAAACGACGCAGGGGGGCAGUAAGGAGGCUAUUGCGUGAGAAAUCAAUGCGAGGCAUUGCUUCCUGUGAAAGCACUGAAGGGAACACAGGCGCUGAGCAAACCUGAAUAAACAGACACGUAUGUCUGUUUAUUACAAAGGCUACGAAUGGUUUUGAUUUUUCAUACCAACGACAAUAUGGGCAAUUUGACAACCUUUCAACCAGCAAGAAGAAAGACGGGAGCAAAUGGCAUAGCGCAGCAACAGCAGGGAUUCUCUGUACAGUAGACCUUUAUCAACAGAUGUGUCCGUGUCAUAGUAUAAGCACUGCGGCUGUGCAACCGGGAAGAGCUACACACAGUGCUUAACAACCAAGGAACAUGGAGGCCCUUGUCCCCCAGCAGAGGGGCUGAUAUCAACCCCCACAACCAGCACCAGGCUGAACUGAGCGACCUCCGCCUCGCCCCACCACCACCACCACCACCACCACCACCACCACCACCAUGUCUGCCGGGAGUCCCGCCGCGGCCCAGCAAGCCACAGGGGACUCCAGCUUGGUCACAGCCGAGGCCGGAGGGACGCCCCCACAGUCAAGCCCCGGUGGGACGCCCCCCCAUCCCAGCCCCAGUAGCACGGCCCCCCAGCCCAGCCCCGCUGGCACGCCCCCCCAGCCUAGCCCCGGCGUCCACUGCAAGCUGUGCCUUAGCGAGCACCCCCCGGCAGCCACCCACAGACUGGACGCCUGCAGCUGUGUCUUCUGCACCGCUUGUCUGCAGCAGUAUGUAGGGCUGGCCGUUAUGGAAGGCGGGGGCGCAGCAGUCACCUGCCCAGACAUGGCCUGUCACAAGACUGGAGUUCUACUGGAUUCUGAGAUCGCUAGUUUGGUCACCGGCGAACAAUUGGAGCUGUACCAGCGUCUGAAGUUUGAGAGAGGGGUGAAGCUAGACCCCAGCAGGGCCUGGUGUCCGGUUCUGGAGUGCCAGGCCGUGUGCAGCCUGAGCCCCAGCACCACGGAGGGCGUGCCCACCUCUGUGCCCUGCCCCACCUGCCAGACCGUCUUCUGCUCCACCUGCCGGGGGCCCUGGGGGGGCCACGACCACAGCUGCUCCGAGACUGAACCCAUCAUGUCUGCUUCCUCCUCCCCCAAGAGCAGGGAGCGCUCCAGCAGCGACUGUGACGCGGCCAUAAAGCAGUGUCCCAUGUGCGACAUCUACAUCGAAAGGAACCAGGGCUGUGCCCAGAUGUUAUGCAAGAGCUGCAAGCACACCUUCUGCUGGUACUGCCUGCAGAACCUGGACGGAGACAUCUUCCUGCGGCACUAUGACAAGGGGCCAUGCAGAAACAAGCUGGGCCACUCCAGGGCAUCAGUCAUGUGGAACAGAACACAGGUGGUGGGGAUCCUGGUGGGAGUGAGCCUCAUCGCACUGGUGACGUCUCCUCUCCUGCUGCUCGUGUCUCCGUGCAUCCUCUGCUGCGUCUGCAAGCCAUGCGACGCGGGCCAGAGGCUGAGGAAGAGGAAGAGGAAGAAGAAACAGAAGCAAGGCGAGGAGCGGGAGAUGGACCUCAGCCAGGGGGACUCCUCCGCGUCAUAGCAGAGCAUCUUCCUUCUGCUCGGUCGGUUGGAAGAAGGAGAGUGGGGGAUAAAGGACACACAGACCAGGACAUGAUGUAGUGUUCAUAAAUAAAUGUUGAACAGAGUUAUGGGCGUCGAUGAGCGGAGGACUCGUGUGUUUGCUGCAGAAAAGGAAGGCUUUUUCAGCGGUUCCCUGCAAGGAGACUAUCAAACUACUGUUGAACUGUUUUUGAGAAGUGCCCAGUGGAAUAACAGACUUCAGGAGUCCGGAAGGAGGAAGAGCAUUUCUGAGCUGUGCUC